UUUAUCGACUUGUAUGUGUUUGGCGACAUGUUUGCGAUUUGGUUAGCGAUAUAUGACAGUCGUACCUAGGAUUCAUGUGUUUUUAUCGUCCUGUUUGUUGUUAGCGAUAUGGUAGCGACAUACUAGCGACAUAGUUAGCGAUAUGAUUAGCAGUAACCUGUAUUAUGUUUCACGAUAAUUAGCGACAUAGUGCGACAUCUUUAACGACAUACUUCUAACAAAUUUUUUGACAAUUUUGCAGAUGGCACCUGAACUUAAACUUCCAAUUUCCUCUCAUUUCACGGGACGUCUUACCUAUCGGGGUACAGAUAGGUUCAGAUAUAUCAAGGCCAAGUUUACUGAGAUGGAUUUGGUUGAGACAGUGAAGGCUAGUCCUUUCGGACACUUUUGGGAAGCUGGAGAGUUAACUUUCUCUGGCGCGUUGGUCCACAGCCUCCUCUUACGAAAAAUGAAAGUGGACACAGAAAAGGAGGAUGAGGUUUGGUUUCAUGUAGGGAGAAAUGACAUGAGAUUCGGACGGAUAGAGUUUGGACUCAUUACUGGCUUACCUAUGGGUAGUGCCCCUACAGACGAGGAAAUACACGCCAAGUCCAACGACCAUCUAGUUCGGACUUAUUUUGAAGGGAAGAGUUCUGUUCAGUUGGACUCCCUUAUGCUCCAACUUGAGAGGUGCGAAGAUAAAGAUGAUGCCUACAAGCUUGGACUGAUCGCUUUCAUUGAAGGUGUAUUAGUAUCAAAGGAGGGCAAUGUCCAAGUUUGGCCUGAGAUGUUGAAGUUUGUUAACGAUCUCGACUUCUUCUUUAAGUAUCCGUGGGGCGAGCGCGCUUUUCGUAAGCUGAUGGAGACAUUAGGAAAGAAUAUGCAACAUUACAAGGAUAAUGUUGACAAGAAGAAGGGGAAGAAGAUUGCUCAGGAGGCAAAGUACACAGUUAGUGGCUAUGUACCUGCCUUUCAGUACUGGGCAUACGAAGCAAUUGAGAAGUUGGGGAAGAAGUAUGCCCACUGCAACGGGACCAAGUUCCCCAGAAUGUUGAGCUGGAAAACACCGGAGGGCCAGCGGAAACAAGAUGUCAAGGCAACCGACAUUGCACUGUUAUUCAACAGUCGGUUGGUGGUGAAGAAGUGCUUGUUUCCCCGGCCCAGUGAAGAGGCAUACUUCAAGAGUAUUAAUGAGGGUAGAGCCCCUCUUUGCUUUGAGAUGGACGUAGAACAGACGGUGGACGUUGAUGGUACACAAGAGUCUGUGUUUGAAACUCAAGCGAAGACCAUCAACGAGGCCGUGACAAAGGCAAAUUUAGUUCCACCACCACCGGCACCUGAAGUACACGAGCCAUCUACUUCAGCAGGUCCUUCUGCUCCAACCAGUACAACUGUGGACACUGACCUUGUAAAGAGGUUGGAUAGCAUUGAGGCCCGGCUGGAGAAGCUUGAGUCCCAGCAGGAAGCCGUCAUGUUGGCACAGACGGGGUUAGUAAAUAGCCAUCUCAGUAUGAGGCGGUCCUUCACAGAGAGUCAGAAAGAUCUGAAGGAGACUCUACUGGCUAAGAUGGACGAGUUGAUGGCUAUGGUAAAAGGAGCGCCCACACCUGGAGAGCCCACACCUGCACCGCAAAAUGAGGAACAACAGGCGAGUGAUAACGAAGAUGUCUUCCCAGAAGAUUGGGAAGCAGAUGAUAACGAGGCACCGUCAACUCCAUUGGACGCAAUCAUCACGGCCAUUGGGGAUACACAAUCACAGGACGAAGUCCUACUUCUACCUGCACCCCCAGAAAAUGUGCCAUUUGUGAGGAAGAGGAAGCCGCCAACGUACUUGAACGACUACACUGCGGAAAAGAAAAAGAGGCGAGUUCUUCCAGAGAACGUAGACCCGGAGAGACCAGCAGACCGUAGAUUGCUUCGUACGUUCAAGAGGUGGUUGAUUGGAGACAUUCCCAAUGCUCGACCUAGGAAUGUGCACACCGGUGUUGGCGAUGUGAAGUUCUUCACAGUUCUGUUUCUUAGGUCAGAGUGGCUUCACGAUGGGGUAAGUAUUUAAUCAUUAAUUAGUAUUUUUCAUUUUUUUUGCAACAUUUUAUUGUAUUGUCGAUGUGUUAGCGACAAUGUAGCGACAUUUUCGCGACAUUGUUGCUGACACAGAAGUUUUUUUCUUUCUGUUUUAUUUGUCGACAUGUCGCGACAUUGUCACGACAUUCUCGCGACAUGGUCGCGUUUUUUCCACGUUCUGUUUAACGACAUGUCGCGACAUUGUCACGACAUUGUCGCGACAUCAGACAAAUUUAUUUAACGACAAUCUUCGCGACAUUUCGCGACUUUAUUUACGACAUUACUUAAUCUUCUCUCUUUUUUAUGCAGCACAUAGAUGCCAUAUCACACUUGAUGAGGAG